UACAGAAGAUUUUUUUUUAAUUGACUUGACACGCUGGCUAUGCAUGCUGCGUAAAUAGAGAGAAAAAAAUGGGUGUGAUGUAAAUGCCAAUGUCCAAUAAAAAAGCGUAAAUAAUAAGUCAAUGUCAUUCGAAAAACAAGCAACGCAACACCAACAGUCAAACAAAACAAAAUAAACGAAAAAUUUUGUUGAUCAGUUCCAAAUACGCAAAUCGCUACAAUUUUACCUUGGUUUACUUCAUCAUGAACGUCCGCGAAGAGGAACGACAAAAGAAUGCAUGCCCAGGCCGUGGUCUGGGCUUGGCGGCCGCGGCGAUAGGCGUCGGAGUUGGGGCUGCCUUGUACUACAUCUUUAGCAAAAGGCCUGAGAACCCCGAUGUAGAAGGUUCCACUUCGGGCUGGAAUGCUGAACAAGCUCAUGUCUUAUUUCUUUUUUUAAUGUUGUCUAUGCAUGACUUACAUCAUUUCAUUUUCAUAUCCAUUAGCGACAUACCAUUUCAUGAUGACUCAGAUUCAUACAUCACUCUAUCGGAGCACAGCACAACCGACACAAGCAUAGCAUCAACAGACGGAGAGCAUGAUGUACAUUCAAAUUUAGAUGCUGAUUCCGACCAAUCAGAAUUGAGCGAAGAUGACUAUGAAUCUGAUAGCGGCGAUUCAUAUGAUCAUCGCUUAAACCAUCAGUCUGAUUCGUAUAUUGAAAUAUCGUCUGAUUCUGAAAUUGAUAACGAGUGGGACGUGACAAGUUCAUCAGUAGACAUGCCAGAAGAUUUGAGGUCACCUAUGUUGUUGUUUUUAAAUCGGUUUCGUUCACCAGCACUGAUGAGGCCGAGGAACCGGGAACAAGAAAGGGUCACCAUGUUGAGGGACCAAGCGUUCCGCGAGCGUUCCUGGUCCUUGGAGGAAUGCUCCAUCUGUUUCGAUGUGAUCCUGAAGGACCAACAGGUGACCACGCUGCCCUGCACCCACCACUUCCACUCGGAUUGCAUCAAGCCUUGGCUCCAGGAGCAGCAGACAUGCCCCAACUGCAGGAAAGCGGCUGAAUGAUGAUACAACUUGGACAAACAUUUGCGUCCUCAACUUGCCUAGUCGAACACGCGGCAGGACCGUGGGACUGUCAUUGGUCGGUUCUUGAAGACAGACAGACGAAAUUAUCUAAAUUUAUAUAUAUAUAUAUAUGUAAGAGGCGACUGUUACAGUAGAUUUUCAUUCAUUCAAAUAAUAACGUAUAUAUCCCUGGCGGGGAAGAUAAUAAUAUUAUUAAUUUAGGGAGAUUUAUAUUUCACGCAUUAUUUUUUUAGUUAUGUAAAUACUUAAUUUUAAAGUCUCAUGUAUUUAUGUAUCCAAAUUUAGUAUAUAUCUUUUGUGAAUAAGAGUCAAAUUGUCUUGUUGCAAUCUAUAUAAUACCUUACUCAUUAUUGGUUAUAACAUAUGUAUGUAUUUGACGGCCUCUGUGGCGCAGCGGUAGUACGCUUGUCUGUGACACCGGAGGUCCCGGGUUCGAAUCCCGGCCAGGGCAUGAUGAGACACGAACUUUCUCUGAUUGGUCUGGGUCUUGGAUGUUUAUCUAUAUAGGUAAGUAUUUAUUAUAAAAUAUAGCACCGUUGAGUUGGUAUCUCGUAACACAAGUCUCGAACUUACUUCGAGGCUAACUCAAUCUGUGUAAUUUGUCUAGUAUAUAUUUAUUUAUUUAUGUAUAUGUAUGUAUAUGUAUGGAAUCCUUGCCCAAUAUAAAUUUAUUUCAGUAUUGUCUUUGCCAAACCUCUUCAAGUGCCGGCCAAUCUCGUAAGUUUUAAAUACAUACAUACAUAAAAUCAUGCCUUUUUCCCGGAGGGGUAGGUAGAAGUUGUAAAUACUCGCAAAUUUUUAAACGUUCACACCACCUAAGUUAACAUUGUAGAUAAGUACUUAUAUAGCGAAAUGAACUAAAAUUAUAUAUAAGACCUUUUCAGAAAUGUUGAUUUUUUAUUAAAUUGUUAUACAUGUAUAUUAAUGUUGGAUUGACUAUUGUAGGACCAAACAUUUAACAUCACUGAUGGCGAGCGGUUACCGUGUAGCUUUCUUCGCAAGCCGUUUAGUGGUUACUUGCUUUUGCUUUUGCUUGUUAUUUCUUAAGUUCGAUUCUAUGUGUGUAUAAAAUUUCGUGGAAAACGGUUUAGUAGUUUUUGAGUUUUCUUUACAAAAAUAAAAAUAUUUUCUCUUUAUUGUUAGCGUAGAUUACGGACAUAAUAAGUAAUUAGUUUGUUUUUUUUAGGGAUUUUGACUUCUUUAUAAUAGAAAUGUGUUACCUCGCAUGUAUGACUUCCUGUCAAAAAAGAAAUAAGGUAGCAUUAUAGGGCUGUGGUGUAUAUAUUUUUUUCAGCAAAUCAAAAUUAAUUUUUACUUAAAAAAUUGCCUAAAAAAUGUAAUCGAGAGCUUUUCUCUUUUUGUGUUACCAUUUUUAGUUUUCAAAUAUUUUAACUUUAAAAUAAUUUAAGUUAUGAAUAUUCGGCUAUGUUGAUGUUUUUGGAAUUAGUUUUAUAAUGGUUUUCGUCGAUAUCAAAUAAUCAUCUUAAAUUAUAAUGACGUUGUAGAAUUUCCAUAUGCUUAUGUAUAACUUAAUACGAAAUUAAAAAUUAAUAUAGUUAGAUUUUGAAUGACUAAAGUCUAAAGGACAGUGUCACUGCGUGCAACGCGACGUCUUGCAUGGCGUAGCUAGGUGCGGGUAUAGGGAGGGCUGUUGCUCGUAACAAACUUUUUUGAACAACUUUAAAUAUGUAUAAUAGUAAUUUAUUGUUUGUUAGUUUGUAAACUCUUUAUUGCACAUAAAAUGAAAUGUAACAAAUUUAUAAAACAGUCAUUGGAUUUAGAAGAAUAUGGUACAAUGGCGGACUUAUCCGAAAUGG